ACGCAAGCAACUCCAUCACAUGGCAUUCUUUUUAUGGCGGCAAGACGACGGCGCAAGCAACGGGUUUUUAUCACUUUCCUUGCGGCAGCGACCAUUCAAAGGUGUCGCUGUUCCUCGUUUUCUUCCUUCUGAAUUCUGGUUGCAAGAAACCAAACAGGGAUCGAUUUGGAGAUGGAAGAGGCAAGAACAACUUACACGGUGGAUGAUGCGCUCUUGUCCGUUGGGUUCGGAAAAUUCCAAGCCCUCAUCCUGGUCUACGCCGGGAUGGGUUGGGUCGCCGAGGCAAUGGAAAUAAUGCUGCUUUCUUUCGUCGGUUCGUCGGUUCAAGAGGAGUGGAACAUCACUCCGAAUAAAGAGAGCCUCUUGACCAGUGUCGUCUUCGGUGGGAUGAUGGUCGGAGCGUAUUCAGGGGGCGUGGUCUCGGAUAAUUACGGCAGGAGGAAGGGUUUCCUCUUCACUUCACUUGUUACUGCUGUUGCUGGCUUUCUUAGUUCAUUUUCCCCCAAUUACAUAUGCUUGAUAACGUCUCGGUUUAUUGUGGGAAUUGGUUUGGGUGGUGCGCAUGUGUUUGCUUCAUGGUUUCUAGAAUUCAUUCCAGCUCCAAAUAGAGGUACUUGGAUGGCUGUAUAUCAAAUUUCCUGGACUGUUGGCACAAUUUUGGAGGCUUCACUUGCAUGGUUUAUAAUGCCAACCCUAGGCUGGAGAUGGUUACUUGCAGUCAGUUCUUUACCAGCAUUUGUGUUGCUUCUGUUCUAUAAUAUUGCUCCCGAGUCUCCAAGGUACCUCUCUAUGAGAAGUAAAGCUGAUGCAGUGUGUAUGUUAGAAAAAAUGGCAAGAAUGAACAAGAUGAUGCUCCCUCAUGGCACAUUUACCUCUGAUCCCAAAAGUGAAUUUGACAUAAAUCAUGAUUCUUCUGAAACCACACCUUUAAUCACACACCAGAUCUGUGAGACAUCGACCAUCAGCAAGGAUACUAAAACGGAAGUAGGAUUGAUCAGUGUGUUUUAUAAGCUUUUGUCUCCCAAAUUGGCCAGAACUACUCUUCUUCUGUGGAUUGUUUACUUCGGGAAUGCUUUUGCUUACUAUGGAAUUGUUCUCCUGACUUCUGAAUUAACUAUAAAAUGUAACUGGAAUGCACCACUUUUGAGUGUUUCAAAGGAUAACAGCUACAGAGAUAUAUUUGUAACUAGUUUUGCUGAGCUUCCUGGACUUCUUUUAUCCGCUGCUAUUGUGGACAGGAUUGGCCGCAGGCCUUCUAUGUUGAUCUUUCUCUUCACAAAUUGUUUCCUGCUAAUUCCUCUGUUUUGGCAUCAGAAUGAAUUAUUAACAACGAGCUUACUGUUUGGUGCCCGUGCUUGUAUCAUGGGAAGCUUCAGUAUCCUCUAUGUAUAUGCUCCAGAGGUAUACCCGACCUCACUACGCACAACGGGUGUUGGAGUCGCAAACGCAAUUAGCAGAAUAGGGGCCAUGAUCUGCCCACUGGUAGCGGUUGGAUUGGUGAAAGGCUGCUAUCAGAUUGCAGCAAUUUCAUUGUUUGAGAUCGUUAUAUUCCUUACAGGGUUGGCAAUUAUGUUCUUCCCGUUGGAGACCAAGGGCCGUCGACUAACUGACACUCUAUAAGCACUAGUGUAAGUUCGAUAUAAAAUGCCAUGAACAUGGUUGCACUUGGGCAAUUUCUGAAGCUGCUCUGUUUCAGUGGGUAGUCCUCGCUAUUUAUCAUUUUGUGUUGUAUGUACCGUCCUAUUUACUCCUCCGUGUUGGUCCUGGGACGGAUUGGCGGACACGCUGGGGACGAGCGUAUUCGUCUUUUGCCACCAAUGUACAGUCCUAUUUAUCAUAAUUGCAACCGUCUCUAAUUAAUCGAUCCAA